CAUCAACCCUGGCGGUCACAUGAGCACCCAGCACCCCUCGCAAGGCACACUCCAGAGCAGGCUGGACAGCAGUAAGUCAGAGACACUCAGGGGCAGGGUGGCCCAGGGACAGAACCAACAGCCGCUCGCCUGCAUUGUCUGUUAUGCAAUCAGCGGGAGAGGCCAGAGCUCUCCUCUUGUGUGGAUUUAGAAAGGCUCCUUUCCCCUGCAAAGUGGCUGAGAGCAUGUGAGAGACUCACCCGCCAUAGCCCUGCAUGGCCUCUUGAUGCAGCUAGCCUCCAGCCGAGAGCUCAGGUAGAGCUGGGGAAGGAUCCUCUCCAGCAGUGCUGGCAGCAGAGGGCCUGGCACUGCAUUUCUGGAGCCCACCACCACACAGUUCAGCUGGCACUGCAAGCAACUGGCUGGCUUUAAUGGCUGGAGGCUCUUCCGAGCUGGAAAACCGAGCUUCUGCCUCCACUUGCCAUGGCGCCUGGGGAAGGGGCUCCAGGGGAAACAGCCAAGGUAGUGCAGAGAAGAAGAAGGCAGCCACAAUGCCUGACUCACCGGCUGACGUGAAGACUCAGUCCAGAUCGACACCCCCCAACAUGCCUCCUCCGCCGCCAGCCGUCAUGCAGGGAGCCACGCGGCACCCCUCCUUCACGCCAAACCCCAAUCAAGAAGCUGGGCCUCCAACGUUUCUGCCUCGCGGCCGUUUUCAUGGUUGCUUGAAAUGGUCGAUGGUCUGUCUUUUAAUGAAUGGAAGCAGCCACUCCCCUACCGCUAUCAAUGGAGCUCCCUCCACCCCCAACGGGUUCAGCAACGGGCCUGCCACCUCCUCCACUGCCUCCCUGUCUACCCAUCAGCUCCCUCCCGCCUGUGGCGCCCGGCAGCUCAGCAAACUCAAGCGCUUCUUGACCACCCUGCAGCAGUUUGGGAACGACAUCUCCCCGGAGAUCGGGGAGCGGGUGCGCACGCUGGUGCUGGGGCUUGUGAACUCCACGCUGACCAUCGAGGAGUUCCACUCCAAGCUCCAGGAGGCAACUAACUUCCCCCUGCGCCCCUUCGUCAUCCCCUUCCUGAAGGCCAAUCUGCCCUUGCUGCAGCGCGAGCUGCUCCACUGCGCCCGCAUGGCCAAGCAGACCCCAGCACAGUACCUGGCCCAGCACGAACAGCUGCUGCUUGAUGCCAACGCCUCGUCCCCCAUCGACUCCUCUGAGCUGCUCCUGGAGGUCACCGAGACUGGCAAGAGGCGGACACCAGACAGGACCAAAGAGAACGGCUUGGACCGAGACCCUCUGCACCCCGAACACCUCAGCAAACGGCCGUGCACCAUGAGCCCCGCUCAGCGGUACAGCCCCAGCAACGGGCUGAGCCACCAGCCCAACGGGCUGCCCCACCCCACCCCGCCACCGCCACCGCACUACCGCCUGGAGGACAUGGCCAUGGCACACCACUACCGGGACACCUACCGGCACCCCGACCCCAGGGAGCUCCGGGAGCGCCACCGGCAAGUGGCCGUGCACGGUUCCCGCCAGGAGGAAGUGAUCGACCACAGACUAACAGACAGGGAGUGGGCUGAGGAGUGGAAACACCUCAACAACCUGCUGAACUGCAUCAUGGACAUGGUGGAGAAGACGCGGCGCUCCCUCACCGUGCUGCGCCGCUGCCAGGAGGCCGAUCGCGAGGAGCUCAACCACUGGAUCCGCCGCUACAGCGAUGCUGAAGACAUGAAGAAAGGCACCAACCCCCCGCCCCGCCCCCAGAACAGCUCCUCCAACUCUGAGGCCCCCACAUUAGACGCUCACCGGGAGUUUGUCCCCAGGCCCCUCUCUGGUUACAUGCCCGAGGAAAUCUGGAGGAAAGCUGAAGAAGCUGUGAACGAGGUGAAGCGCCAGGCCAUGUCCGAGCUCCAGAAGGCGGUGUCGGACGCGGAGCGCAAAGCCCACGAGCUGAUCACUACCGAGCGAGCCAAGAUGGAGAGGGCCCUGGCAGAGGCCAAACGCCAGGCUUCCGAGGACGCGCUGACGGUGAUCAAUCAGCAGGAGGACUCGAGUGAGAGCUGCUGGAACUGCGGGCGCAAGGCCAGCGAGACCUGCAGCGGAUGCAACACGGCCCGCUACUGCGGCUCCUUCUGCCAGCACAAGGAUUGGGAGAAGCACCACCACGUCUGUGGACAGACUCUGCAGGGCCUCCAGGCCUCCACCGGCGCAGCCCCUUCCUCCGGGGUGGGCUUAGGAGUGGGCUCAGCUCAACCGGAUGUGGUGGCUGUCAGCGCCUCCAUCACCAGCGUGGCCACCAUGGCUGCCAGCCCCAGCGAAACUGGCUCGGCUGCUGCUUCGCGCUCCGGCACGCCGGCCACCCCAGCUCCUCUGGAAACGGCGUCACGCUAACCGACUGACCGGCCAGCCAACAGAGGGGAAAGAAACAGAGAAACCUACAGAACGUCACUGCUGCUACUGCUUCUCUCCAAAAGAAAAACUAACUGCAUUCAAUGCAACUUCCUCAGCUACCUGACUCUUCUGUGACCUCCAAAUGACCUCUCAAUCUCUCAUAUGUAAUCCUCACGGAUCCUCAAACUGGGCUUUAAGUGGAGUUAAGGCAAAUACCAAUCUUCUCUGUUCUCACUUCGGUUUUCUAUGAUUUGGGGAGUUAUCGUCAUCGUCGGUUUGUUUGUUUUCUUCUUUUCGGACGAGGAAUUUGUCCGCAAACUCUACGCACCUUGACUCGGGGAAAGGAAACCCACCGGUCUCUGUCUCACUGGAGAAGUGCGUGUGUGUGUGAAAUCUCCCUCUCGGUGCGGCCGGGGGGACGGCAUGAUGAAGGAUUUCGAUUUUAGAAGGCAAGAAACUUCUUCUCUUUUUCUUUUUUUUUUUUUUGUAAAAAAAGAAUAAAAUAAAAUAAAAAAUAAAAACGUCAAACUCUUUGGCUUUAAGUAAAAAAAAAAAUCCAAAAAACAAACAAAAGAAAGUAAAACCAAGUAAAGGAAGCUUACCUGUAAACUACCUUGCUAGCUAGCCAAGAACAUACCAGACUCACCUCUGCUCCAAAGGAAAUCCAAAAACAAACAAACAAAAAAAUCCAAACUUUUUUUCCACUGCCAAAGUUUUUUUGGUUCUCUUGUUGGUUAUUUUUACUUUUUUGGUUGAUGGUUUUGGUUUGGUUUUUGUGAAACAAGGAGCAGCACUUAUCUCUUUCAACCAAACCAUGACGACUGGCCAAAGGCAAGCCGACGCUCUUGGACUCUUUGCAUUCUUUGGUGGGGUGGGGUGGGUUCUUGCGCUGGACUCUCAGCAUCCACACGUAUCUUGAAGGAGGAAGGACGCGCAUCUGUGGAUUUAAAGAAUUUUAUUAAAAUAAAGCAAAAACAAACAAAAAAGAUACACGACUUUUGUGCGUGCGUGUGUGUGUGUGUGUGUGUGAGAGAGAUGGGGAGCCAGCAUUGUGUGCUCCCUCCCUCUGUGGAUUAUAAACGUGUUUCAUUUGCUUAGGAGAGCGUGCUAAUGAACAAGAACCUCCAGAUCCCGGUCCUGUUCCAGAGAGAGCAUCGUUUCAAACACAACUGUGACAAUCUGUCGUUGAUUCUCCACUGCUCGUCAGAGUGUGAGCAGAAAGCAAUUGCACCAGUACCUUCUGCUUCUUGUACUCCUCCACUACCUCUCUCUGCUCUCCAGAACCCCACCUCUAGCUCCAGUAUCUCGUGACUGCCGUCCUUACUCCUUCAACCUUUCACAGGAAAAAAAGACACCUUUUGUUUUUCCCCUUCUGAAGACUCUUUCGAUUGCCUGUAGAUAGACCCCCUUGCUUUUGUGUCUGCUUGUUCUCCAGAUGUUUUCUCCAGUCCUGUGAUGAACAUUGUCAUUGGGUUAUUUUAUUUCGCUUUCUCUUUUUCUUUUCCCACCCCGCGUCCCCUCUUAUGAUUUUGCAACAGUUUCUAGGAGGAAAGAAAGGAAACAAACAAACACUUGUUCUUAGAGAAGGAAAAAAAAGACAAUGUAGAUUUUUUUGCAUUUCUUGCAUCGUGUAUAACGCAUAGAGGACGGGAGUGCAAUAUGGAAAGUGACAUGGCUGCAGAAAGGGAGAAAGCUGGAGACUGCCCAGCCACGGUCAGGGCAAAUAUUGUACGUUAAUGUGAAUGUAUAUAGUAUUUGAAGAGGUCCAAAAAAAUAAUAAUAAUGAUAAUAAUAAAAGAAGAGACAUUUGCCAAAUAAAAAGAACUGAAGGUAAAACCACUGACGUAUGUAAAGUUUAGGAAAUAGAUUUUAAAAAAAAGCAAAAUCCACGUGCUCAGUAGGAGCAUUAGUUUUCUGGAGUUGCAAAAUCCAUCACGUGUGUUUUUAAAAAAGUAGAGAUUUCAGAUCAAAAGUUCCCAGACACUAGUCAUCGCAAAGGGAGGUUUGGCUGAGGGCGAUUGACUCAGAACCCUAAGGUGGCUGUGUUUGGAUGUUUUCCUCUCCCCCGCAACCCACCCCCGAACCUCUCCCUUGUUUCUACCGGUUUCAGAAGCACUGUGUGGUUCUUUAGAACAUCGAUUCAGGUUUGGAACAACAAGGAGUCCUUUGUUUAGCACAAUGGAUCCAUGCAGGGCUAGGCGGCAUUGUUCGGUCUCACUGCGGUUGGGUCUGCUUUGCCCUUUCUUUUCUAGUUGUGAGUCCUGGGUCUGUUAGCUGCAUCGCAUCCAAUGUGAGUCCUCACUGUUCAGUUGCACACCACUCAAGCUCCCUCCUGGUUGCUGUGAAGUUGUAAAGACCAUGUUGUGUCUCUCCUCAGAAGUGUGGCAUGUUCCCUGGAGAGGUUUGGGGUUGUGGCUGUUUCUCAAUAGAUGUGGCUAUGGCGCCGUUUGGUCAUGUCGUCCUGGCUCUGGGACGAGUUGUCCUGGAGAAGGACGUGGAGGGCUGUUUGACAUGUACUUUCACUGCCUCUGAGGAAUGGCUGUAGAUGGUGCCAUGUGGUUCUCUGCAGCUGGUGCCAGCUUGUCCUAGGAUUCUAGGAUUUCAAAGCAAGACAGACUCAGGCAGGAAGUGGGGAUUGAGGGAAGUUGUUAGUGUGAUACUGCAGUCCUUGCGCCCUGCUGUCCCCUUCCCCAGCUCAUCUUUCUGCCACAAUGGGGUAUCAAAUCUUAAGAACCAGGCAUGGAUCCCAUUCUAUUGAAGACAGCCAGAGUUUUGCUGUUGGCUUCGAGCAGGAAGAAGCCACAGUUCUUACAUCCAAAGUUUGCAGGCUUUGAACACCUGGUAGUUCUGAACUCAGCAAGUCCGGCAGCAUUUGAACCCGGCCAGGAGCCAACAAGAGCCAGAAGCACCCCCAUUCUGUAGCCCUCCUCUUGCCCCGCCAUGCCUACAUGGUAAUGUGUCCUCACAUGACAAUCUGGACACCUUACGCUGUUGGAAGCUUACAUCCCUGGGGAACUGUGGAAGACUUUCCUUAACUUCCUCCAACCCCAGGGCAGCCUGGUCUUUCUAAAACAGGCCUGGAUUCCUGGCUAGAAAGAAUCUCCACAUGAGCCCCUCACCCCCAAGAGACAGUUCCUCUAAAGUCCCAACUGCUGCUCUCCAGAGGAAGGUCACAUCCUUGGUGAGGGAUGAGGGGAGGGACACAGUAAGAGACAAAGCAGCCUCUAUGAGUGCAGAACUUCCUCCCCUGGAACUGAUUUGCUGUUUGACGCAGGCAGGUCCCAGCAGCAGUGCCACUGAACCGAUCUCUCUGCAUUACUGAAGGUCUCCCUAGGACCUGUAUUGAGUCUUGAAGCCCAAGGUGAAGCUGUGCAGAGACUGGUCCCUCUGCGGAAGCUGUGUGCUGCAGAACAGCCAGGGCUGCCCUAACUAGCUGGGCAGGAGCUACUGCUGGGCUCAGUUUACCAACCAUUUGACAGCAGCUUGCAGUGAACCCAGCCAAAGACCUUUCAAUGGGCCAAACCUGAGAAUUCGGAGCUUCUGUUUGUUUCUUUCUGCAGCCUCAUUCCUCCAGCGUUAGGCUCUGACCCUGGGUUUCUGACAUGCAGCAUUCGCCCUAAGAACGAUUGUUGCGUUUAUUUAUCAAGUGAUAUAUGUAUAUUGUCUAUUUUUCAUGAAAAGAGGUAAUAUAUAAGAGUUUUCAGAUGUAAUUAAACGCAGGGUUCGUCCUGCCAUUCUUAGUAUUUGUUAUUUUUCUAAACCUCCUCUUGUGCUUGAAUUUCGGCCGCUCUCUGUCCCACCCGUCUCACAUCUGCUCAGCAUCCGGACCCUGCCGCUCUACCUCCAACUUGCUUAAAAACCAUAGAUGACAAUUGUAUAGAAAGGAAAUAACCCCGUUUAAAAAGAACUCCACAAGCUUGUCUUCAAACCAAAGGCUCUGGGAGGGGAGAGGUGAUCGUGCGGGGAGCCUCUUGCAGAAGGCAAAACCAGAAAGCUUUAAAAUAGAGUAUUUCACUGGCCAAAAAAACAAUAGGAGCAUGCAGCUUCCCAGACAGUAACGCUCAUGGGCAAGAAAAGCAGGCGGCCGCAAUAGAGAAAACCACACACUGGCUCCUAGGAGUAGGGCUAGAGGAUGCAUGCGGCUCCAGGCUCUUUCGUUGUGAGAUGGUCUUGCUAAACCUCCUCAGUCAAAGCCUUCUUAUGUGUGGGCUUUGCAGGGUCACUUCACCCUCCUGUGUCCUGCUAAUCCCUGAUUCUCUCCUCUGCCCUCUGUUGCCUGGGAAUGUUAUUCCCAGUGGAACAUACAACAGCUGGGAGAGUUAACAGCAUCCUCAACCAUGGCCGUGUCAGCAGGUUUUAAGUCACUGGGGCAAAGCAGCACGGUUAGAUUGCAUAGUGUGUGUGGUGUGUACACCUUGCAGUGGGCCAGAUUUUGCGCUCAGUGACUUACCUGCAGGCACUUUGUCUCCCUGGGGUUUGCAGGGAUGUCACUAAGAGCAGAAUUUGGCCUGGCUCCACGGCAUAUCCACCUGCCUCAUGGUUACGGUGUAGGCCCAGAUUGUGUAGGAAAAGGAACUUAUCCUAGGCCAGAAAUCCAGGAAUGCUGACUCUCCUGGGCACAGGAGCUGUCCCCGUGCAUAUUACUGGGGGGGGGGGGGGGGUAGGUAAAGGGGGCAAUUGGGAUAUUUGUCUCUCCUGGGUGGUGGCUCUUUGGGCAUCUUUUUGUGAAGUCACUGGAGAUAAUCAGAAAAGGAAAGGCCAAUGUUUCGCCCCUCCUGGAGUCCGUGCCAGGAGAUAUUUAAGCUGAGUGACCCUCCCCACAUGGCAGCUCUCCCUGGGCAGCAGCAGGAGUGUGGGAGGGAGGGCACCUGCUGCCUUCCUUCCAGCAGCCCCGGGGCAGUGAGGAGAAAAACGGGAUGAGCCCAACCCCAGGCAGGGGCAGCGGACGGUUUUGUGGCUAAAGUGGUGAGAUCAGAAGAACCCCAGGUAGCUCAACACAAAGGCAUCUGGGAUCUGGGACAGCCCAAAGGGCACCAUCUCGGGUGGUACCUUGUGUUCUCCAAUCCCACUGACGUCACUGGGCACGUGGCUCUCUGCAGGAUUGGCUCGUCGUUUGCAAUAAAUAUGUGUCUCGGCCCAGCAUGGUACCGCGUUCAUUCAGGUCACCUUCCUGUUCCCAUGGGGCGGAGGAAAGUGGGCGUGUUUUGCAGGUCAUUCCUGAGGAUACCUGGUUCUUUCUCGGUGCUGGAGCCCCAGCCCUGCGCUGCACAUAGGAUCAGAGAGUUUAGAGCAUGCGCCCAAGGGGUGGAGCCGUUUAUUGACACAGGGACAGCAAGAUGGGGGUUUUGUUUGGCUUUAAGCAUGACUCACCAUGGACCUAUUUCCACAGGGGGCUCUUUAACUUGGGCCCAUCCCCCAAGUUUCCAAAUUGAAAUCCAAGCAGAAACCAAAGCAACUCCCAUCUGCCCUGCUCCAGCCGGGCAGAGCCACACCCCAGGGACCUCAUGCCAGUGCGGCUCUAGCACGCGAGUGCCGGACACAGCCAUUGGAUUGCCUGGCCAGAGUUUAUUGGUGAUCCUAGACAUUAGAGUUGGAAGAACUCCCUUAGGAUCUGUUUAGAUCAUUCCGGGGUCCGGGCAAGACUGUUCCACAUGGUACAUUUACUAAGGCUUUGCUUAGUCCUGUGAAGGGGUUUUGUUCCUUGGUCUGCCACGUCUCACUGCCAGGUUUUCCGGAGAGUCUGUAUUCUCCCUUUCUUAAUAGCAUCCCAUUGCUGCUAGUUCCACUCUCUUCUUGCAGCCAGUGUGAUCACGCUCCUGGUGCUUUACCCCCUAUCAAAUACAUGUGGAGUAGGACUCGAAUCGUAUUCCUCCUUUCCUCAUUGCUUAGUUCUUCUCAGCUCCCCUCCACCCCCACCAAUUCGUCUUGCUCUUCUCUGACGUUCCAGCAGCAAGGUCCUGCCCAGGCACAAUCUUCCUAGUGGGAGUCAGGCUGCACUAGCAGCUGCAUCUCCGGGACAGGGAAGCGUGGGACAGGCACGGCUGAGUGAACAGCGAAGCACCCAGGAUGCAUCUCCCCGGGGAGGCAGAUGUUGGGAGCACUUCUCAGGGUGCACCUGUGAUGUGCGCCAAUGGUACUUGAAUGCCAAUUGGUUGCAUCUUAUGGCUUAGAUACCCCCAGCCCACGCUUACGCUAUUUGGAGGCAGUUAGAGCAGAGGGGAGUCAGUCUCCCUGAGACUGCUGGCAACAUCCUUCCGGUCACACGCUUACCAGCAAACACAGGCAGAAAUUACCUGGGUGCGAUCUAUUCUGUAGGAGCAAAACAGAGCCAGUGCUGCUGGUGCAACUGAUUCGCUCCUGGCCAUUGCCCCAUGUGAAAUCACCAUACAUUCCCUGUACACGUACACACACACACAUUGUGCUCUGGUCUCUUCCCCUUACUAUCCUCUUUAUAGGCAUCCCCACUCAAUUUUGUCGCCUUUGUGCUGGGGCUGGGGCAGUUGCCUGAGGUGGGUGGGGAUUUCAGCCGGGCUCAGUUUAAUUCAUGUGUGUGCUAGUUACAGCAAUGAAUGGGAGGAGAAGGAGUUUCCUGGGCUGCGAUUCCCGCCCCUGGUAGGAGGGACCCUGCUUCCCAUCUCUGCCCUGGUGGUUUUAUGUAAGGCAGAUCUGGGGGAGCCGGAGGGUGUUUUUGUUUCUUGUAACAAGCCCGUCUCUUGGCUUGUCAGUUGCUUUGGAGAACAGCAGCAGGACACCUCUGCUUAGGGUGUCAAAAAAACAGAGGUAAACACAGCCCAGGGAAAAUAAAUAGAGUAAACCCAGGUUCUCAGACUUUCUGCUAAGCCUCAUCAGAGUGGCAGAUUCUGGGAUCCCAUCCAGAUCUGGCGGCUGAGCCUCUGAAAGGUGGCUCUGCAGCAGCAAUCCAGGAGAAUUUGCUCUGAUUCCUCACCAAAAACAAACCAACCACCAGGUGCUCCCAGAAUUUCUCCCUUCCUCACACAUUUCCUUGUCCCUAGCUUGGGGGUGACCCAGCCAGCCAACCGCCUGCAAUUCAGGAGAGCCCAAACUGCUCAGCCCACCGGAGUGGAACUUCGCUAAGCCCCAGGGAUGGAUGUGACCCACCCCAGUUCUGCUCCCGCUCCCCCAUCUCUGAAGCGACUCUGCCGAAAGUCUCAAAAGCCACUGACAUGCCCUGUCAGAACCCAGUAACCUGCUCCUGCCAGGCCCAUGGGAGUGCCAGUGUCAGGGGGCUGGGAGGCGAGUGACUUGUCAAACUGUGCAAUACUUGAAUGAAAGGGGGUGGAGGAGGCCUGGCUUGUAUAGACUGGUGGGCAUGUGUGGAAAACGAGUUUAAGGAGGGGAGAAAACAGAAAUCACAUCCCCACCCCACCCCACUCCCUGCUGUUUGUGGGUUUCCGUGGCCAUUCCAGAGAAAUGAUGACAUGAUAGGAGGUUUUUUGGCAUGCUGCCCCUCCCCCGCAGUUCCCUGCUUUCUCUAACUGUACUGUAUGUUUGACCUGUGAAAGAUGUAAACAUUAUGAUUCAGGUUAUGUCUGUUCUUAACUCUGUAUCUGUGUAAUAAAGACAAUUUAAUAUCA